AUGUGUAAAGGACUUGCAACACUUCCUGCAACAUGCCUAAAAAGUGCCAAAGACAUCAAACACAAAAUAAACUUCAUGCUCCAGAGGCAAGAGUCACAAGAAAAGGAGCAGAAGCAGAGAGAAGAAAAGAAUGAAUAUGCUGCUAAAAGGAUGCCAACUCCUGCUGAGGUGGAGAAAUGGAAAGAAUCAUUCAGCUCUCUAAUGAACUGUGAAAUUGGUCGAAGAGUGUUUACCAGCUUUCUGAGUUCGGAGUUCAGUCAAGAGAACAUGGACUUCUGGAUUGCUUGUGAGGACUUCAAGAAUACUGCGACUUGUAAGCUGGAGAAGAAGGCAAAGCUCAUCUACCAACAAUAUGUGGCAAUAGACUCUCCAAACGAGGUUAACCUCGAUGCUGUGACCAGAAAAGAAACGAUGCAAAAUAUUCUGAGCGUCUCGCGCUCCUGUUUUGACGAAGCUCAAAAAAGGAUUUACCUUUUGAUGGAGAAAGACUCUUACAGACGUUUCCUAAACUCCAAGCUGAUCUACGAUUUGUCCCAGGUCCACCCUGCUGUUGUACUGAAGCAACAAAAAAGUAGCUGCAACACCACUGAUAUAAAGCAGGAACGAGUUGACGGUGCCUAG